AUGGAUGACGUGGACAUCUACGGCGAUCUCCUGCCGCCGAAGGCACCACCCGCCAAGGCUGUGUCCUCAGCGUCGGACCCACGACUGGCAGAUGCUGGCGAAAAGCCGGAGCGCGGUCCUGGCGGUCCUGGCGGUCCUGUCGGUGCUGGCGGUGCUGGCGCCAGCGCCAGCAGCGCAGAGCGGCCGUUUCGACCGCGAGCUCGCAACUUGGUUUGGAAGGCACCCGAAUUGGAGACCCCUGCGGUGACCCGCAAGGUGGUGGCCCAGGCGCCAAAAGACACCGAUGAGCCGGAGGUGGUGGUGCUGGAUGAUGCGGACCCGCCACAGACGCAGCCACAGACGCAGCCUGCCAAGCCACAGCCAGCGGCCGCGGAGUCGCCGCCAGCCUCCGCACCGCCCGCGCAGUCUCCUCCACAAGCUGUCGCCGUCGUCGCUGAAGCAGUGACGGAGUCGAAGCCGAAGGAUUUUGCAACUCUGCAGAAGGAGCUGCAGGCAGAGGAGGCCUCUGCGUGCCCGGCGGCCCCGGGCAGCCCAGUCUCCGCCGGGGCCGCGGAUUUGGACUCCGACAUGGAGGACGGCGGUGUGAUCUCUGAUGGGACGGAAGGAAGCGAGGACGGCGAAAUUCACCUCGGAGAGGUGCGUGCCUCCGAGACAGGCACGGCAGCUCCCCACUUUCGGCGUGCUCAGGAGAAGGGCGAUUCUGCGCCCUCAUCUGGUGGCAUGGGGCCCAAAGGGCCAAGGAUCAAGAAGAAGGAGAUUCUGCUGUUUAUCGGGCCGCCACCGCCGUUGCCGCCACUGGGACAGCCUGGCGAGAGCACUUCGCUACUGAUUGGAGGCCUCCCGUGGUGGCUGACCGACACGGAGCUGCGAAGGUAUGGCGAGCAGUACGGCCAGGUCCGGCGACUGAGGAUCUUGGAUUUCGCGGGCAGCGGCAAGUCGGCUGGCGUGGCGCUCCUGGAAUUCGCGCAAGUGGACGCUGCGAGGCAGGCACUUCACCCUGAUGGCCUCUGCCGACCCCAGCUCUGGCGGACACUUGGGGCUGCCCCGCGCGCCGCGGCCGUCGGCGGCGAGCUGCGGGGGCGCUUGCGGGAAGGCCAGGGCGGGCACUGUGCCGUGGCUGGACGGCGGCCCAUGCAGCGAGGACCUACGGGCCAUGCUGCUAAGACAGUGCGGCAUGUCGGCUCCCGCACCACGCCGAUCGCCCCCGCGAAACUCCCGGCAGCGCCAGCCACCAAGGGCGCCAGCGAAGCGUACAACAUGCGGUACAUCCACGAUUUGGGGGCCGUGUAUGCCAGCGAAGGGCAGUGGGAGAAGGCCCGAUGCAUGUCCCGAUGCUGGCGACGUGAUUGGGGGUUUCGGAAGCUGUUAGCCUAUGACGAUGGCGACAAGCGUGGCGACGGUGAUGAUGUGGCUGUGGAUGCACAUGGUGACCAGGACGUGGCGACGAUGGUGACGUCAACUGUGAUGUUAUAUCAGUCUGAACCAUGUACAACAAGACAGUGUUGUUAUGUCGACUUUAGGAUUCGGGGAGUUGAGGACAUCUUAGGACUUCCGGGCGUGGAAGCGUUGGAGCCGGAAUCGGCGGCCUGGAUAGCACGCUUACUCAAACUCAUACCCAAGUCUGGGAGUUUCCGAAAACAGGGGACCCUAAUAUAG